AUGCAAAGACGAAGGGGAGACAUGAAGACUCUGGGCUUCACCGUCAAGUCCCAGAUGAAGCACUCGGAGGUGAUCGGACCCCCCGUGGCUGGGACCUUCCGGGAGCGACCGUCCAAACCUACGCUCUUUCGAAAGUUUUACGAGCGAGGCGAGUUUCCUAUGACGCUGAAGCACGACACCAAAGGAAACCGCAUCGCAUGGAAGGUCGAGAUAGAGAAACUGGACUACCACCACUACCUGCCGCUGUUCUUUGACGGACUGUGUGAGACGGAGCACCCGUACGAGUUCUUUGCCCGGCAGGGGAUCCAUGACAUGCUGGAGAAUGGAGGGCCCAAGAUCCAACCAGUGAUCCCCCAGCUGAUAGUGCCCAUCCGCAAAGCUCUCAACACCAGGAACCGCCAGGUCAUCUGCACCACCCUGAAAGUCAUCCAGCACCUGGUUGUGUCCGGGGAGAUGGUGGGGGAGUCACUGGUGCCUUAUUACAGACAGAUCCUGCCCAUUCUGAACAUCUUCAAGUCCAUGAACGUAAACACCGGGGAUCGCAUAGACUACAGCCAGCAGAAGAGGCAGAAUGUGGGGGAGCUGGUCCAGGAGACUCUGGAGCUGCUGGAGAGAUACGGAGGAGAGGAGGCCUUCAUCAACAUCAAGUACAUGGUGCCCACCUACGAGUCCUGCAUGGUGAACUGA